UAAGACCCAAGUCCGGCUAAUAAAGUGGCGUCUGGCAAACGCGAAACCUUGUAACCAAACACUCUCCUCCUGCAAAGAGGAAGGUAUUCGCUCUCUGUACCAGCAAAGCAACGCGAUUCUUAGCUCUACAAAGAACUGCAGUUGCCCGAAUUGAUGGCUGAUCCUGAGUUGGAAGCUAUCCGCCAGAGAAGGAUGCAGGAGCUCAUGGCUCAGCGUGGCAUGGUAAAUCAGCAAGGCUCUGAACAGCAAAAGUCUCAGGAGGAGGCAAAGAGGGCGGCAGAGGAGCAAAGACAAUUGAUGCUUAGUCAGAUUAUAUCUGCAGAAGCCCGAGAAAGACUUGCGCGAAUUGCUUUAGUUAAACCUGAAAAGGCAAGGAGUGUUGAAGAUGUCAUACUGAGAGCUACACAAAUGGGUCAAAUCGUUGAGAAGGUGUCUGAAGAGAGGCUCAUUUCAUUACUGGAACAGAUCAACAAUCAAACAACUAAGCAGACAAAAGUCACAAUCCAAAGGCGGCGGAGUGUACUAGAGGAUGAUGAUUAAAUCAGAUAAUGUAACUCGUGCCUAAUGAUGAGGCAGCUCUGUUUUUGUUGUUAUUAUAUACAUAGACAGAUACUUUUGAGGCUCGGGAUGUUCAUAUACUCAAAUGACUACCUGUGUGGCUUUUUUGUCUAAUUUUCUCGUCCUAUGAAUCUACAAGUGGUUCUUUGGCUCA